GUUAAAUACCCCAAUAUAUCCCCAAUAUAUGUAUAAGCUUGUAGUAGUUAAAUAAAGAACCCUUGCGGCAGAGGGGAGGCAAAAGGAGAGGAUGCAGUGGUACUUCGUUGCUGCUCUUCUCACUCUCCUCACCAGCUCCCAGGGAAUCUUGACAACGCUCUCCCAAAGUAAUGGCAAAUAUAAAUAUGAUUAUGCAACUGUUCCAUUUCUUGCUGAAAUCUUCAAGCUUCUGGUAUCAGGUUUCCUUCUUUGGAAAGAGGGCCAAACAUCUCCUCCGCCAAGAAAGACUACAGACUGGAAGAGUGUUCGUCUGUUUCCAAUCCCUUCAAUCAUUUACCUAGUCCAUAACAAUGUUCAGUUUGCUACCUUAACUUUUGUGGACCCAUCAACAUAUCAGAUAAUGGGUAAUCUGAAAAUUGUCACAACAGGGAUCUUAUUCAGGUUGUUCCUAAGGAGGAAGCUGUCAAAUCUUCAGUGGAUGGCUAUUAUUUUAUUAGCUCUUGGAACAACUACGAGCCAGGUAAAGGGUUGUGGAGAGUCUUCAUGUGACUCCCUUUUCUCAGCACCAAUAGAGGGAUACAUGCUGGGGCUCUUGUCCGCCUGUCUUUCAGCUCUUGCUGGUGUUUAUACGGAAUAUCUUAUGAAGAAGAAUAAUGACAGCCUUUACUGGCAGAAUGUUCAAUUAUACACAUUUGGUGCAAUCUUUAAUAUGGCAUGGCUUCUUUGGGAAGAUUUUAGAGUUGGAUUUGAAAAGGGGGUUUUGUGGCAGCGCCUCUUUAAUGGAUACACAAUUAUGACGUGGUUGGUCAUAUUAAAUUUAGGAUCUUCUGGAUUGCUGGUGUCAUGGUUGAUGAAAUAUGCAGACAAUAUUGUAAAGGUCUAUUCAACAUCGAUGGCAAUGCUACUUACAAUGGUUUUAUCAAUAUACCUUUUUAAUAUCAAGCCUACGAUGCAGCUUUUCUUGGGCAUUGUGAUCUGCAUUAUGUCGAUACACAUGUACUUUGUGCCUGCAAAUAUGCUUGUAGACCUGCCAACAACAUCGAAGUCAGCGUCUGACAGCCUGAGUGAAGUUGCUGUCAAGCGCACAACAGAAUCGUGAUCAAUCCUUGCUAGUUCUCUUAUUGGAUGAACCAAAAAUUUAGUGAGUAUCUCUUGAUCCCAAAUGGCAUUUUCCCAAUACGGAAUAUCGACAAGCAUGAAGAUUUUAGUGGCAACCCCCGGCACAAAAAAAAAGAAAGUGAUUCAGCAAACAAGAAUACUAGCAUAAGAGACGAGCAGCUUGGAGACCACAUUGAAGCAAAACUUUCGAAGCCACAACAUGCACAGGUUUGCACAACGUCUCCAAUAUCUGCAGCAGGUACGAAUGAACAGAUACAUCACUAGAAGACUGCAGUGCUAGAUUGACCAUACUGCUGGUCUUCAAAUCACAAACUAGUAUUGUUUCUUCCCCGUUGGAAUGGUACCUAUUACUGUUGAAUGACACAGCUGAUUGUUGUCAAGAAGCUGGAAGUGUACAUGUUCACUGUUGCAGUUUAUGUUGCUGUUCCAUUAUUGCUGUAGCAUUGCAUUGGUUGUGAACUUCGAAUUUUGACCGGAGAUAACUUGGUUCACAUUGUUAUUCUAUACUUGAGUGAAAGCCAGCUGACAAAA